AUGGCUGCUGUGACUGAUAGCUGCUCUUUCUCCUCCUUCUCCAAGUGCAUCACCAAGCACUUGAACCUCUGCUACCAUGUUGAUUUUGACAGCCAUGUGCUUAAGGGGAGAGUCGCUUUGACCGUAGAAGUUCUGGAGGACAAAUUCUCCACCCUGACUCUUGAUACAAGGGACCUGAAGAUCUUUAAGGUGACGGCGAAUGGCCAAGAAGCCAAGUUUGCCCUGGGUGUGCUGGAUGCCGUUAAAGGAACGCCUCUGGAAAUCUCGCUGCCCUUUGAACUCUCCCGGGGUCAGCAUGUAAUUGUGGAAGUGACCUAUGAAACAUCUCCCAAGGCCUCAGCUCUGCAGUGGUUCGCACCAGAACAGACUGCUGGAAAGAAACAUCCGUACCUCUUCAGUCAGUGCCAGGCAAUUCACUGCAGGGCCAUGGUCCCCUGCCAGGACACCCCAUCAGUGAAGCACACCUACUACGCCCAGGUAUCUGUGCCCAGGGAGCUGGUGGCUCUGAUGAGUGCAGUGCGUGACGGACAGGAAGUUGACCCUGAGGACAGCAACCGGACUAUCUUCCGCUUCCGACAAACGGUUCCCAUGCCGUCAUACCUAAUUGCCAUUGUUGUAGGUGCCUUGGAAUACAGGAAAGUCGGGCCCAGGUCUUCAGUAUGGUCUGAGAAGGAGCUGGUGGAUCUUGCUGCAUUUGAGUUCUCAGAGACGGAGUCCAUGCUAAGGAUUGCUGAGGACUUGGUUGGUCCCUAUGUAUGGCAACAGUAUGAUAUCCUGGUUCUUCCACCAUCUUUUCCCUAUGGCGGCAUGGAGAACCCCUGUCUGACCUUUGCGACUCCAACUCUGCUGGCUGGUGACAAGUCCCUGUCUAAUGUCAUCGCACAUGAGAUUGCGCAUAGCUGGACUGGAAAUCUCGUCACCAAUAAGACCUGGGAGCACUUCUGGCUGAAUGAGGGGCACACAGUGUAUCUGGAGAGGAUGAUCGGGAGGUUUCUUCAAAGUGAGCAGUUCAGACAAUUCAUGGCCAUAGGAGGCUGGAAGGAACUGAAGGAGACGGUGAAUACACUGGGGGCAAAAAGCCCUUUCACCAACUUGGUCAUCAACCUUGAUGGAGUAGACCCAGAUGAUUCCUUCUCCUCGAUCCCAUAUGAGAAAGGUUUUGCUCUUCUUUACCACCUGGAAGAGCUUAUGGGUGGCCCAGAGGUGUUCAUGGGCUUCAUCAAAUCUUACAUCCAGUUAUUUGCCUAUAGAAGUGUCACCACUGAAGACUGGAAGAACUAUUUGUUCUCCUACUUUAAAGACAAGGUGGACAUUCUCAAUAAAGUGGACUGGAACACAUGGAUGCAUACCCCAGGAAUGCCCCCAGUAAAACCACAAUAUGACACCACCCUGGCUGAUGCUUGCACCGCUUUGUGUCAGAGAUGGAAGAAGGCAAGUGAGGAGGACCUGGCCAACUUCAGUCCAAAUGACCUGAAGGCAUUUUCCUCCCAUCAGCUGAUCGAGUUCCUGGCACAGCUGCUACAGGAGGAAGCACUGCCCCUGACCCAUGUGAAGAAGAUGCAGGAAAUGUACAAUUUUAACAACAUCAAUAACUCUGAGAUACGAUUCAGGUGGCUGCGUGUUUGCUUGAGGGCAAAGUGGGAGGACGCAGUCCCUUUGGCCUUGAAGAUGGUGACUGAACAAGGACGAAUGAAGUUCACACGGCCGCUCUACAGGGAGUUAUACAACUUUGAGAAGUUCCGAGAGAAAGUGGUCAGCAAUUUUAUGAAGAACCGGCCUUCCAUGCAUCAGGUUACGGCCUCUUUGGUGGCCAAGGAUCUGAAGGUGGAUCAGACCCAGAGUACUGGCUUCUAGUUCUACCAUAUGCAGUGCUUUCACAUUAAUGCAAACAAAUGAAGCACUAUAUGUAGAAGAGGUUUUGAGAAAAACAGAAAAAGCCAUAUUAUUUGGAUACCACAAUAUCUGCCACUGUCAGUUUUACACAGUCCAUCUCAGGGUAAAAGAAGUUGUCAGAAAAAGUACAUUCAUGUACAAUCUUUUUAAAAUAUCACUCUCCAUAUUUACUUUCUGGACUAAGGUGCUCUACUCCAAAACAAAGCGAGAGUAUCCUUCUGACUCCACAGUUGUUUUAAGCUUAUAGCAUCUGUGAUAUGUCACAAAUAAAC